UGUGCAUUUUUUUAAUUUCUCGUCAUCAUUGGACGACGAGACAUAACAUCUUUGUUUUUUUGGCAUCCUAUGCAAAUAUAUGCUGACGUAAAAGAUCAUGUGGUUUCGGUCGUCGGUCCCUCUAUGAGCAGCGAGGAGGGUUGUUUCUUUUCCGUGCUCUGCUCUCGGUGUGUAGGUUAGCUAUGCUACCGGCCCGACCGUCCCCGGCUGCAUGCGCCCCGCGCCGCCGCCGCACCACGCGGGAUCUCCGGGAAUAACCCGCUCACUGCCCGCUGCCUGCAGCCACGGAGCCCGCACAGAGUGCCGCUGGCCUGAGGAUCGUCCAGGAGAGAAGGAGAACGAAGCGGUGGCACAGUGAUUGGAGGAGGAGGCGGAGAGCCUCUAGUGGAGCCCGACCCCCCACCCCCCCUCUGAGGACGUGCACUUGUGAUGCCCUCCCAUGACGCCCGGGUCGGUAGCUGACGGUGAGCGUGAGACGCCACAGCACUGGGCCACCUGCAGGUUAACGCUCCCCCCCAGGCUCCGCCCAUUUCCCAGUAGCCCCGCCCGUCGGCUGCGAUCCCCCCGGUGAGUCCCACUCGGCAGCCGGAGCAGCAGCCGAGAGGAGAACCACCGGAUCUCCACCACCAGCACCACCAGCACCGUCAUGUCCAGUCGUAGGAAGUCCUCCACCCCCUGCAUGGUCCGGCUCGCCCCGCCCCAAGAGGACGCGGUGGUGCCGGCGCACGACGAGCUGAACGCCACCGAACAAUCAGAGACGUCUGAACCAGUGGGAGGGAGCCCCGCCCCCCGGCAGGAGAACCCGGACCGGCAGACGUGUCCAAUACCGGCGGAGACCCAGAACCCUGAGCCGACCGACCGCGAGGAGCGGCCGGGUCCACCGCCCGUCUCCGACCGCGAGGACGCCCCGGAGGAGAAGGGCAGGGCCGGCGGCGACUCUGACCCGGCGUCCCGGCCGCCGCGGCCCCGCGGCUACGAGUGUCGGUACUGCCCGUUCUCCACGCAGAACCUGAGCGGCUUCGAGGAGCACGUGGACUCGAGCCACCCGGCCGUCAUCCUCAACCCCGCCUACCUCUGCGCCGUCUGCAACUUCAGCACCGACAAGUUCGACUCGCUCGCCGAGCACAACGGCCGCCAGCACCCGGGCGAGACCGGCUUCCGGUUCAAGAGGGCGAGGAGGGGCGACCGGACCGUCCUGGAGCAGACCAUCGAGGGGCGGGGCGGGGGGCGGGGCGACCGGACCGCCCUGGAGCAGACCAUCGAGGGGCGGGGCGACCGGACCGCCCUGGAGCAGACCAUCGAGGGGCGGGGCGAGGGCCCACCGACCGCCGAGAGAACCCCCGACAGCCUCCAGGCGCUCUAUCGAGGGAGCGCCUUAAAGGGCCGGCGGGACGGCCCGAUCCAGAAGAACCGGAUGGCGACGGCCGUCAACGGCGCGGUGACGGUCGCCGCCCCCGCCGUCCUGCACGUCGCCCCGAUGCUCCAGCGCCCGCCCAACUUCAGCUCCGUGCCGAAGAUCGCCGUUCCCUUGAACACCGCCAAAUACAACCCCUCGCUGGACGGCAGCGCCGCGCUCAUCGCCUCCUUCAGCCGGUUCCCGUACCCGACGCACGCCGAGCUGUCGUGGCUGACGGCCGCCUCCCGGCACCCGGAGCAGCAGAUCCGGGUGUGGUUCACCACCCAGCGGCUGAAGCAGGGCAUCACCUGGUCCCCCGAGGAGGUGGAGGAGGCGCGCAAGAAGAUGUUCGACGGCUCCACGCCGCCCGCCCACCCCACCUUCACCGCCCCGCCGACCUCCCGGCAGACCUUCGUCCACGCCGCCGUCGGCCGUUCCGACGGGUCGGGCGCGGUCGCCAACGCGAACUCCGGACUUGCGAUUGGCUCCGCCCCUUCCCUGAAGCGAUGCCUGCCGACGUACCCGACGGCGGCGGCGUUCGACCCGGAGUCCAAGCGGCCCGUCAUGGCGGUCGCCCCCCAUUCCGGCGACGCCAAAGACAGGGGCCUCAUGGCUCCACCGCCGCCUCCUCCCCCAAAAGACCGCCUCCUGAUGGCUCCGCCCCCCGCUCCCGUAGCGGUUCCUCCGGUCCCCGGAGAGAUGAAGAGGCUUCCCGCCGCCGUGCCUUUAAUGCCGCCGCCGUCGGAGAUGGUCUCGUCGCUAGGAAACCCCAAAACCAAACCGGCGGUGUCGCCGCCCUCCUUCGUCUUUCCGGAGUUCUUAACCAGGCCUCUGGUCAUCCCCCCGCCCAUCUUCGCGCCGCCAUUUAAAAACCCGUUGCUCUUUCCUCUGAACUCGCCCAGCGCUUCCAACGAGAAGCUGCCGAGCCCCCCGCCGGCCGCCGGCCCGCACGCCAGGAGGCCGACCAUCAUCCGGUCCAUUCGCGCUCCGGCCAAAGCGCCGACCCAGAUGCCGGGCUUCCUUUACGACGGGAGGCUGAAGGAGCAGCGAGCGGGGGAGGGGAAGGCCUCCUGCCCCCGAGGAGGCGCGGCGCUCGCCCCUCUGGCCGAGGCCAACGGGGCGUCUCGCUCGGACAAGCGGUCCCGCGGCCAAACGCCGCUCGGCCACAACAACGGCGUCCGGUACUUCGACGGGCCGCCGGUGGCGCUGAAGUCGGCGGUGCUGACCCAGUUCCCGUUGCUUGAGCGGAUGAAGGGAAAGAGCGCGGAGCAGCUGAAGGUCCUGGAGGAGAACUUCCUGAGGAACGGCUUCCCCACGCUGGGCGGUGUGGACGACCUGGCGGGCGCCACCCGCCUGUCCCGCCAGGAAAUCGACAGCUGGUUCGUGGAGCGGCGAGCGCUCCGCGACGACCUGGAGCGGGCGCUCCUCAACUCCAUGGGCACGAGGAGGACGGGCGGUGCCGGCAUCGCGGCCGUCGCCAAGAAGCGACGACAGCAACACCAAACCGGCCCGCUCAACGGGACCCGCGGGCCCGGCGGCGCCGUGGGCCGUCUCCAAAGCCCCGCCCCGCCGCCCUCCGCCCCGCCCAUCGGCGUCUCCAGCCCCGCUUCGUUCUCCGCGCCGCCAGACGGCCGAGCCCCGGCGCUCCUCCUGGACGAGUUCGCUCGGACGCGGUGGCCGUCCCCCGAGGAGCGCGGCGGACCGGCCCGCCGCUUCACCGACAGCCGGCUGCAGGGCGGCGGCCUGGAGCCGGAGAAGCUUUUCCACAAUGGAGGACAAGGACCUCCUAAAGGCUCCGCCCCCGGCUUCCUGCAGCGCUGCCAGGAAGGAGCCCUCGCCAACAGGAAGCUGCUGGAGGCGGAGCUAAGCCGGCUGCUGCAGCGGCGGCAGCGGGAGGAACUCCACGACCGGCCGGCGGGAAGGCUGAGGCAGCAGGACGCAGCGGAGUUAAAGAACGGGGGACACGACUUAGGACACGACUUAGGACACAACGGAGGACACGACUUAGGACAUGACUUAGGACACAACGGAGGACACGACUUAGGACAUGACUUAGGACACGACUUAGGACACAACGGAGGACACGACUUAGGACAUGACUUAGGACACAAUGGAGGACACGACUUAGGACAAGACUUAGGACACGACUUAGGACACAACGGAGGACACGACUUAGGACAAGACGGAGGACACAACUUAGGAGACGACGGAGGACACGACUUGGGACAAUACGGAGGACAUGACUUAGGAGACAAUGGAGGACAUGACUUAGGACACAACGGAGGACACAACGGAGACAAUGUAGGACUCGACUUAGGACACAACAUAGGACACGACUUAGGACGCAACGGAGGACACGAGUUAGGACAUGACUUAGGACACAAUGGAGGACACGACUUAGGACAAGACUUAGGACACGACUUAGGACACAACGGAGGACACGACUUAGGACAAGACGGAGGACACAAUGGAGGACACAACUUAGGAGACGACGGAGGACACGACUUGGGACAAUACGGAGGACACGACUUAGGAGACAAUGGAGGACAUGACUUAGGACACAACGGAGGACACAACGGAGACAAUGUAGGACUCGACUUAGGACACAACAUAGGACACGACUUAGGACGCGACGGAGGCCUCAAGGUGUUCGGCAGCUGGCUGGAGGACGGACACAAGAGGAGAGGACGAGAGCUGCUGCUGGACCGAGAGAGGAAGACGGUGGGAUGAAGGACUUGAAGGAUUCGUCGUCGUCGCUGCUGAGAAGAAAGGAGAACGUAGUACGUAGAACGUGUUCCUUUUGUUGUUUGUUAAAUUAUCAGAACUUUUGUUCUUUUAUUUGUUUCUCUGAUUGUCGCAUCGCAGCUCACACACACAUCGGCCUCAGCCCCCCCCCCCCCCCUCCACGUUCACACAACAAAAGCUUUAAAAAAAGACAUAUCUCCAAAAUAGACCCAGAGGCGCUUUUAUUUUAUUUUGGUGAGUCGCUUCCAAAUUGAAAUCAGAGUGAAAGGAGAAAUUCAGGUCAUGAUCUGUGAAGAUAAUUGAUGAAGAAGAAGAGAAGUGUUGUUCUUCUUCUCCUUCUUGAACAUAGGAUGUUUACGUCUGUUUGUUUGUUUGUGUUUUUCUGUUUUCCUACAGAUUUGUAAAAAAAUUGCGGACAUUUUGUUACACUUUGUAAACAUGGAACGAACCGUCACCGAAAGCUCCAAGAGUCUGUUUUUAAACCUCUCUCUCUCUCUCUCUCUCUCUCUCUCUCUCUCUGUCUCUCUCUCUCUUAUUCUUCUUAUUUUAUUUUUCAAUGGACUUGAUGAACAACGCUGCCAGCUGUGGUGCGUGUGCAAUGUUUUUUUAUUAAUAUUAGUUUUAUUAUUCUUUUUUUCUUUCUUUUUGAACUCGACCAGAGUGGAACCACUACACACACACACACACAUACACACACACAUACACACACAUACAUAUACACACACACAUACACACACAUACACACACACACACAGGACCAGUUGGCAAUACUUCAGUCACUUCUUCUUCAUCUCACCGGCACUGGACCUCCGCCCGCCCCUCCCCCGCUAGGAGGAGGAGGAGGAGGAGGAAGUAUUUAGCUUUACAUCAAAUUCAAACAAAAAAAUUAUUUCAACCUUUUCUUCUUUUCUUUCUUUUUUACUGUGCUAUGAAGUGAAGUGCUAUUAUUAUUAUUAUUAUUAUUAUUAUUAUAUUAUUAUUAUUGUUGUUGUUGUCUCUGUCCGGAACCCUUUUUCGAAGAAAAAGAAAAGAAGAAAAAAAAUCAACAGAAAAAGAAAAGUAUAAAAAAAGACUCACGCCGACCUGAACUUCCUGUCCCCACGUUUACGACCGAGUGAGCCGCUGUCGUGGAUCUUUGUUCAGAAACAGAUAAGGAACAAACGUGAGGUAAACAACAACAACAACAAAAACAGUAGUUAAAAAACUGUCAAAAUGGUGGCAAAGCGCCGAAGGAUUCAACUGUAAUGAUCACACAACAACAACAACAACAAACAUGCUGCCUGAAUCAAACUGAAUUCUCUCUCUCUUUUUCUCUCUUGUUUCUCUUCCUUGCUCGACCACUUUAUCCUUUACUUUCUUUCUUCUAUCUCUUUCCUUCUUUUAUUUGUGUAUCUCUCUCUUCGUCGUGCACACACACACACAUGUACACACACACCUGUAAUAUAACAAAAAAGACACACACCUUCCUGUUUAGUAGAAACUAGUUCCAUCCCUCAGAAAAUAAUAAUAAAUAUGAUCUUCAUGUA